ACCCGACCAUUCGUUUAUGACCAACACGUACAGCCCAAUCAAAUUUGGUUGGAAAAAAAAAACCCAAUUUGAUUCAAGACUUCAAAUCGAAGAAUCCCCCAUCGAUCUCUGACCUCUUCUCCACCUCCGAUCAAUCUCUCCGAUCAAUCAACCCAGGGUUUCCCCAUUCCAAUCGCGCACACGCACUAUACAUGUGCGAAAGAUGUACAGUAAUUUCAAGGAGCAAGCGAUCGAGUACGUGAAGCAAGCGGUGCAAGAGGACAACGCGGGCAACUACGCCAAGGCCUUCCCUCUGUACAUGAACGCCCUGGAGUACUUCAGGACCCACCUGAAGUACGAGAAGAACCCCAAGAUCAAGGAGGCGAUAACGCAGAAAUUCACCGAGUACCUGCGGCGGGCGGAGGAGAUCAGGGCCGUGCUCGACGAGGGCGGUAGCGGGCCUGGGCCCGCUGCCAACGGGGACGCCGCAGUGGCGGCCCGGCCGAAGACGAAAGGGAAGGACGGGGGAGGAGGGGAGGGGGAGGACGGGGAGCAGGCGAAGCUGAGGGCCGGGUUGAACUCGGCCAUUGUGAGGGAGAAGCCCAAUGUGAAGUGGAAUGACGUGGCGGGCCUCGAGAGCGCGAAGCAGGCGUUGCAGGAGGCGGUUAUAUUGCCGGUUAAAUUCCCACAGUUCUUUGUUGGCAAGAGGCGACCAUGGAGGGCUUUUCUUUUGUAUGGUCCACCUGGAACAGGGAAGUCAUACCUAGCCAAGGCUGUCGCAACUGAAGCAGACUCUACCUUUUUCAGUAUUUCUUCAUCCGACCUUGUUUCUAAGUGGAUGGGUGAAAGUGAAAAGCUAGUCUCAAACCUUUUCCAAAUGGCUCGUGAUAGUGCACCUUCAAUCAUCUUUGUUGAUGAAAUAGAUUCCUUAUGUGGCCAGCGUGGAGAAGGCAAUGAGAGUGAAGCUUCCAGACGUAUUAAGACAGAACUUCUUGUGCAGAUGCAGGGUGUAGGACACAAUGAUGACAAAGUUCUGGUUCUUGCAGCAACAAAUACUCCCUAUGCUUUGGAUCAGGCCAUUCGGCGUCGGUUUGACAAGCGCAUUUAUAUCCCCCUUCCUGACGUGAAGGCACGACAACACAUGUUCAAAGUGCAUUUAGGAGAUACCCCUCACAACUUGACGGAAAGUGACUUCGAACACUUGGCUCGUAAAACAGAAGGUUUUUCUGGUUCAGAUAUUGCCGUCUGUGUCAAGGAUGUCCUCUUUGAACCUGUACGGAAAACCCAAGAUGCAAUGUUUUUCAUAAAGACCCCUAGUGAUACAUGGAUUCCAUGUGGACCGAAACAACCAGGUGCUGUCCAGACCACCAUGCAGGAUCUUGCUGCACAAGGACUUGCUUCAAAGAUCACUCCACCACCCAUUUCUAGAACGGAUUUUGACAAGGUCCUUGCAAGGCAGAGGCCAACUGUGAGCAAAGGCGACCUUGGGGUUCACGAGAGAUUCACAAAGGAGUUUGGAGAGGAAGGGUGAUGGAAAACGGAUGCACAUUGACUCAUUCCUGCAAUUUGUGUAGUUGCUGUCGAUUUGUAUUUUAUACAUUGCUGCUGGAUGUGGAGAGAUGUAUUAAUCUAAUCUAAAGCAUCUUCAAUUAAAAAGGUGAUACGACUUUAGCUUUUUCUUCUGUAUUGAGAGGGAAACCGAGGUCGGAUACUUUUUAAACAUUCUUGUUUUAUUUGAUGUAGAACAGGGUGUUAAGAAUAUUGCCUCACAAUGUUGCCAACAAAGAUGUGUAUGAAAUGGUAGUUGCCUUUCUAUUUGGAA